AUGACUGCACCGGUGUAUCUUGCCUGCUCCGAAAUCCCUCGCUCAAAUCCGCCACUCUCAAAACUAUCCUUCUCACCAUGGCGGAAUAAGGUUGGCAUUGAGAGUCUUGCUUCUCAUGAUGAUUGGCAGAAGCUCGACAGGAUAUUCUAUCCACCCCGUCUUACACAUGGUCUGGCCUUUGAGCGUGAGGCCCGAGGUGUCGCCGUUCGCACCGAUCUGGCAGCGCCAACACCCCAGCUUGCCAAUCGUCUCCGACAUAUUCAGCGAAUGGAGACCAAUCUUCAAGAGCGGAAUAUUCAUGCCACCAAUAGGGCAAAAAAGCCUUCGAAGGACAACAUCAUCAUGCAGCUUCUCAAUCAACCGGCAGAUCACAAGGCAUUCAACUCAAGUCUUGCAUCUUUAGCGAAAAAGCCGCUGUUGCCCGAUUGGUUCCCAAAGCCUCAUCCCACUCAUGCAGAGCUCGAGGUCUAUGUCUUGAAGAAGAACUUGAAGGACAAGAAGACCUCGCAAACCUAUUGGUUCCCACCGUACGAGAUUUUCCUCACAGGCGACAAUCCGGAGACCGCUAAGACACUCUGGAAGUUUCUUCUCAUGUUCCGCCCUCAUAUCUUUGACCGCCACCUCCCCUCUCUCCAUGAUCCUGCAGUUUGCCUGCUCACCAAGAGACAGUGGCGAAACAUCUCUUCUGGAGCAGAGUUUCGGAGCAGGUGGCCCCAUGGAGAGUCCUUUCCUCCCUUCGAUCCGAGUCGCUACUGGCGUGCAGGGCUUGACGAAAUGUUUGGUACAGUGGCUACAGCACGUGCCAAGGAGGGUGUUUGCUCGUUGGAGGACUUUGAGUCCGAAAUCGCCCCAAGUCUCCUCAGCUGUGGAUGCGAUGUCAGCGCGAUUGACUGGGAGACCGAUACAGAGCUGAAGACCCUCCUCGCGAUCACUUCUGCUGAGAUGGCCCUUUUACACGAGUUUACGCUCAUCGACCUCAUCCUGACUCAGGACCUUGGCGAACCUCACCAUUACACCAAUCUCCCUCUUCUCGGUGACCUGCCUGACCAUCUCACCUCCAACUCGACUUUCCAGAAGAGGAUGUGCUUGGCCUGGCUGUGUUACCUGGAGCCACUGUGGCGGAAGCAUGAAGACUUGAAGGGGGAGAAGAUGUAUGUUCUCACGGUGGACCAGGUAACACCAGAGAUUGUGGAGUCCCUCGAAGAAGAGGAUGAUGCUGUUGCGCUGAAGAAGAUUGAGACAGCUCUGCUCGUGUUUUGGUCCACUGCCCUUCAGCGCGACUUCGGUAUCCUUCACACCCCUUUCUACCCUUCCCUUCGUAAACAUGCAGAGGAUCUUUGGUGUGUUGCUCAUCGGUGA